UAUAUUCAAACCCUCCCCUUAUCUCUUAUCUCAUACUCAAACCAUCAUAAAACCUCUCUAUCUCUCUCUUAAUGUUUGGAGAAGUUAGAAAAACGUCGUCUUGAUCAUCUCCAGUUUAUCAGUAACAAUACAGCAGGAUUCAGGGUUCAGGUUAAUUGAUCAAUUAUCUUAUUCAUAUCGUAAGAAAUUAGAAGAUAUUGAAAAUGGAUGGAAGAUUCAACAACCCAUUUAUCAGUGAAGAAGAAGAAGCAGAAUUUAUGCAAGAAAAUUGUACUAGUAGUCCUACUUUAUCAUCGUCUCCUCCACCGUCUUACUCCAAUUCUAGUAAACAUAUGUUGAUUAACGAUCAUCAUCACCAUCAUAUUCAAAAUAAUAAACAUCAUCAAAAGGCUCUCUCAGUUAACAUGGCUUCUCCAAAGAAAAGUAGGCGAGCUAUGCAGAAAAGGGUGGUGUCAAUACCAAUAGGAGAAAUUGAUGGAUCAUCAACCAGGACAAAUAACAGUAAAGGUGAAGGAGCUCCACCUUCUGAUUCUUGGGCUUGGAGAAAGUAUGGACAAAAACCAAUCAAAGGUUCUCCAUAUCCUAGGGGUUACUAUCGGUGUAGUAGCUCAAAGGGAUGCCCAGCAAGAAAACAAGUCGAACGAAGUAGAGUGGAUCCCACAAUGCUCGUGAUAACUUACGCUUGUGAACAUAAUCAUCCAUGGCCGGCUUCUAGAAACAAUAAUUCUAGUACUAACUCUUCUUCUCCUCCUCCUGCCACCAAGGCUAUCACUACCAGAGCCAAAUCCUCCACCACCGCAACAAUUACAACUGCGGCCGUAGCGGUAGCUCCAGACGAUGGUGUUGAUGUUGAUACUAAGCCCAAAAUAAAACAAGAGGAAUCAGCGGUUUUUGGAAACCAACAAGAACUGAUCGAAGAUAAGUUCAACGAUUUGGGUGGGGAAGAACAUUCAAUGAUUAUAAAUGCAACAACAGAUAAUGAUUUUGGAUGGUUUACAGAUGACGUAGUAUCGGCAUCACAUGGGAUACUAGAGAGUCCUAUUUGCGCGGGAAUAAGUAGUAGUAAUCUUAGUAUUAUUAGUGGCGGAGAAUCUGGUGUUGGUCAUGAUGAGAUGCCAAUGAUAUUUCCAAUGAGAGAAGAAGAUGAAUCAUUGUUUGCUGAUUUAGGUGAAUUACCUGAAUGCUCAGUUGUUUUCCGAAGAAGUGGAUUUUUUGAACAAGAAGAAGAGCGCAGAAGGUGUAGUUUAAGAACAGCUUCAUGGUGUGGCAGUACAGGAUAAGUUACGAUCAAUUAAAAGUGUAAAAUCGACAAAAGUGCGCGUCGUGCGCCACAAGAUACAGAAGAUACAGGUUUAAAAAGAUUUUCAAGAUAAAAGGGAAAAAAUGUUAUUAAAUUUUUAUUUUUGUUUUUCUCAAUUUAACAUUGAUGGUAGUGUAAAAUAGUAAUGGAAGAUGGAAAUAAAGAAGAAAAAUGGGGAUACAGAGAUAGAGAGAGGGGAAGAGAGAAUUGUUAUUUUUUAAAGAUGUAGAUUCUUUGGAUUUUGUUUUGAUGCUUGUGUGAUAGCAUUUCUUUGA